AUGAACCCCCUUCGCACCGCCGCGCCCACCGCCGCCGCCUCGCACGCCCUCAGCCCGUGGCCCGCCCCGGUUGCCCAUGCGCGCUCGCUGCCCUCGCACAUCACCGCCUACGCGCCGUCGCGGCGGCUCGCCGGCCCGCCACACACGCCUCCGGCCACCAUUGCGCUGCCCGUCAGCCCCGUGGUGCCGUCCAGCGGACUCGGCUCGACGGGCCCGUGGUCGUCGCGGGACGACGAGAUCUUGCUGGCGGCGCGGGCGCAGAACCAGGGCUGGAACCAGAUCCAGCGCGACCACUUCCCGUCCAAGUCGGCCAACGCCUGCCGCAAGCGCUACGAGCGCCUCAACGCCAAACGCCGCGGCGCCGCCGACUGGAACGACGAGCGCAUCGACCGCCUGGCCAACAGCUACAUGCUGAUGCGCGAGCAGACCUGGCGGCCCCUGGCCGAUGCCGUUGGCGAGAACUGGGAGGAUGUGGAAAAGAUGUGCCUCGAGCGCGGUGCCAGAACACUACUUCCCACGUUGGGCCCUCGCGAAUUACCCCGAGAACAUCCCGAAGGCCGAAGCGGCAGUCAAGACAGCUAUAACGAAGACCGGGUCCGAAUACAUCGGCUCUUGCAGUCGCCAUGA